GGGGGAAAGCGGUUGGGAUAAAAUUCAGGAACUUAUCAAUCAAGAUUCACAAAGGUAACGGACCAAAACAAUUUCUGUAUAGUCAAUUUCGUGUCUUUCGUUUAUGGGUAAAUCCAUUCCAUCUUCAGCAAAGCUUCAAGAUUUCGCCAGAAUAAUAACAUCCGACAGGACCCAACAAUCCAAACGAAUCCCUAAAUCCCUUUCCAACAAGACCCGAGUUGUGCCUCCACCGGAACCCGCGAAACCCAAGGGGGUCCGGAUUGUUCAUUCGGAGAAGCAACAACAGAGGUUGAAGAUAAUGGAUGAGAGUUCGUCGACGAACCGCCGGAUUCCCUUGGCGGAGGUGGUGCUGGAGUGCUCGAGACGGUGGUUUCAAGAUACCCUUAAGGAGGCUAAAGCCGGUGACACGAGUAUGCAGGUGUUGGUGGGUCAGAUGUAUUGUAGUGGUUAUGGUGUUGUUAAAGAUGCGCAGAAGGGUCAAGCUUGGAUCAGUAGAGCUUCCCGGAGUCGUAGCUCGGUUUGGAAAGUUGGUGAUAAGCACCCAGGUUACAAUGCUAGUGACUCAGAUUCGGAUGAAGUGAAGGUUGAGGACAAACAAAGCUAAAUGUUCUGUGUUCAUCAAGUUGUUGGUAACAAAUGCAUUAUGGGGUCAACGCAGUGGUUAAACUCUUCAACAAGUCUUCUAGCCAAGCUUGGUAUCAUGCCUUUUAUACUCUCCUUGUAUGACUACCAGACUCUAGUAUUUCUGGCUAUUUUGUCUGAAAAUUUGUAAGUCAUGGUGAAAAGAACUUGUUCAUAUAUCAUUCAUUUCAGUUUCAAGGGUUUGCUUUCUGAUUGUUUUACUAGAA